UAUUUAACCACAGAGAGAUUUCUUGUGGCUACUGUGAGAUCAGAAUCCAUCUUAAAAAUCCACCAACAAGCAUUCGUCCACAGUCUUUGGGAUUCUCAUCCAGCCGUCCGGCUGUGGUGGUGGUGGGGUUUAGGUAGCACACUACUGCAACUGCUAUCGUCUCCUUUGUCACUGUUUGGAUUACUUCAUCGGAUUCCCUUUUCUCUCUAUUUUUUUCUCGCCUAGGUCAGAGUCACAGUUUUCACUUACAGUUCGAUACCCAUUACCCCUUUUUUGGGGUAGAAGAUACCCAUUACUCCAAAUUAAGGGAGAGUAAGAAUGCGUGAUGGAUAAGUUAUUAGCUUUGUGUAAUUUCAGUGAAGAGCAGGGUCCAUUUCCUUUCUGGAAUGGUUACUUUUAAGGAUUAGAGACUCCCUGAAAAACCAAAAGGGAUGAUCAGAUUAGAGAAAUCCAGAGAAUAGCUAGCCUUCCAAGAAUGUCCUUCCCAUUCUGCUGUCUCACUCUUCAGUCUCCACUAGACUGAUAUCACAGUGGCAAGUGGCAACAAACUGAGAGAGGGUAUCAUCAGUUUCUGACCUCACUACUCGGGAUCGGUGAACAAGCCAUGAGGAAGGAAGGGCAACAGGUUUCCGUUGUCGGCAACACAGCUGGGAAGAUCUCCGUCUGCUUCGAGACAAAACCUUUGGUGGCCACAUUAGUAGCCGUGACGCUGGUGAUGGUCAUUUGGAACCUCCAGCCCUACUACGACAACCUCCUCUCCACCGCCCGCCGCUGCUCCUCUGCCGCUUUUACACCCACAGUCUUUCCGCCCGAUUCCCCCAUUAAUUCAUCUGAGGUGAAGAAGAAGCUCUACACCUUGGCCCGGAAACCCUCCGCCCCAAAGACCGACCCAAACAAGCGUCUCUUCCACGCCUAUGGUAACGCCGCAUCUCUAUUCGUCCAAAUGGGUGCCUACCGCGGCGGCCCCAGAACCUUUGCCGUCGUCGGCCUCGCCUCCAAGCCCCUUCACAUCUUUAGCCGUCCCUGGUUCAAAUGCGAGUGGAUCUCCAACAAUCGCUCCUCACCCACCAUUAAGACCAAGGCCUAUAAAAUGCUACCCGAUUGGGGUUACGGUCGGGUGUAUACGGUCAUCGUCGUCAAUUGUACCUUCUCUGUAAAUCCUAACCAGGACAACUCCGGUGGGAAACUCCAGCUCUACGCUUACUACACGGAGUCGCCCAAAAGGUACGAGAAGAUGGUGGUUUUGGAAGAAGAACCAGGUUCUUACGACGAAUCCAGGUACCACCCACCAUAUAAGUACGAGUAUCUCUAUUGUGGGUCAUCCUUAUAUGGGAACCUGAGCGCUGCGAGGAUUAGGGAAUGGAUGGCCUACCAUGCUUGGUUCUUCGGGCCGAGCUCGCAUUUCGUAUUUCACGACGCCGGAGGAGUUUCGCCGGCAGUAAGGAUUGUGUUAGAGCCAUGGGUGCGAGCCGGCAGGGCGACGCUUCAGGACAUUAGGGCGCAAUCAGAGUUUGAUGGAUACUAUUAUAACCAAUUUCUGGUGGUAAAUGACUGUUUACAUCGGUACCGACACGCUGCGAAUUGGACAUUUUACUUCGAUGUCGAUGAGUAUAUAUAUCUACCCGAAGGAAACACAUUGGAAUCCGUUCUACAGGAGUUUUCUGAUUGUACCCAGUUCACAAUUGAGCAGAAUCCCAUGUCCAGCAAGCUUUGCUUGAAUGAUUCCACACAGGAUUACUCAAAGCAAUGGGGGUUCGAGAAGCUGCUGUUCCGAGAGUCUCGCACAGGAAUAAGGAGGGACAGGAAGUAUGCAAUACAGGCAAAGAAUGCAUACUCGACGGGAGUGCACAUGUCGGAAAACGUAAUCGGAAAAACGCUGCACAAGACGGAGACAAAGAUCCGAUACUACCAUUACCACAAUUCAGUAUCGGUGCAAGGGGAACCGUGCCGGGAGUUUGUCCCAAUGUCAAACAAGAACAAGAGCAUGGUGAGAUGGUAUGAUAAGCUACCAUACGUGUACGAUGAUAACAUGAAGAAGUUAGCCAACACCAUCAAAGAAUUUGAGAAAAAGACCAUAGGAGUGGUUCAAUUGUAGGGAAGAGUGAAGCCACGAGAGCUUUAUUACACGCAGAGCGUGUGAACUGUGAAGUGAUUACAUAUGGCGUAUGGGCAUUUUUGUGUCGGUGGACGCAAUGUAGCUCUUCUCUCUUCUCUUAACGGUUUACCACCGCUAGGUCCCUCCAUAGGGUCCCCUAGGAUUCUGUGUGUGGUACAAAGAUGGGAUCAUGGAAAAAUCGUGGGGUCUAUGAUGGUGGUGGGGGUAUUUGGGUCUGCUGGUUCAGUCAAAGGAGAGUGAGGAAAGGUGAUGACUGAAGGGGAUGUCAAAUGUUUCUACUUUAAUUGAUUUCCCUGUAAAGAUGUGUUUUUUUAUCACUUUAUUUUAAUUUAUAUUUUCUAUUUCCAUAA